UCUCCUCCUCCCUCUGUCCCCCCCCCCCAUCUACCCCCUGCACCCUCCUGCCCUCCCACCCAUUUCACCCCACACGCAUCCGCCCCGAGCCAUGCACCCCGCUCGGACACCAGGGCUCUGUUGAUUCCGGUGUUCGCCGCCCCCUGACCAGCCUCCCCCUGCGGGCAUUUGCCUUUGCCCCCUCCUCCCCCCCUAUUUUUCCCCGCCGCUGGCCAUGGAUUCAUCCUUCCAUGCUCGCUCCUUUUCCUCCCUCUCCCAGGGGCGAACCUAUGCCGGGGGCACCGUCGCCCCUUCGACCCCGGCCCCAAGUCGAGGUGCGACUGCCCCCCUGCAGGCCGCCAAUAGCCGAUCGGCUGUGCGGCCGACCCGGGGCCAGUCCGCUCCUCUGAUGGAUGCCUCUACCCCUGCGCCUGUCGGUGCUGCUCGUUCGGGGCAAGCAGCAACAAGCUUUGCAAGCACAUUUUCGGUGGGGGCGUUUACACCGCCGGAGUCCCGACCACCCGGCUCGCGGCGCUCCUCGCCCCCAGCUACCCCAGCACCGGAACUCCCAAACACACUUCCCCUGCGAUCGUUGGCCGCGGCGGCCGCGGCGGCCACCACAAGCGGGGUGCUUUCUUCGCCAGGAUCACCGAUAAGUCGGCCGCGGGCCGGGAAGCCGUCGGCUGCCGCCGGGUCGCUACUCUCGCCCUCGAAUGAGCGAGGUCUCCUCCGUCGUCCGGCAUCAAAUGGCGGGCAUACUGGCCUGACGCCGGCACUGAAGAUGCUCCAGACAUCCAGCCGACCGAGUCGGCCCAGCACCAGAAUCCCCAUGACCGGGCCCCAAACGCCGGCCCCCUGCCAGCGGGCCCGGCCGGCCACCGGCCGCGUCUCCGCAUGUGAGGAGACUCCCACGGGCGGGGCCAGUGGCCCUGGCAUGGGUCCUGCCAUUGGUCAGCCGACUCCCCGCCGGCUGCCGACCGUUGUGACACCCUUCAACUUUAGCUCGGAUGAGCUGCGCCAACGACGCACGCGGACCAUGCAAGCAGCCGAGCCGGCCCCUGCUGUCAGCGGCACCCGGCGUGGGCCACAACCAACACCCCGCGGAUCGAUCUCCGGGCGAGUUUCCACCGCCACGCCCAGUGGCAAUGCCGUGGAGGCGACUCCCUCCCGGGCACCGGCCCGCCCCAGGGCCCCGCAGGCCAUGCCUCCUUCCUCCGCGGCAUCGGGUGCUCUGUCCUCCUUGGCACCACUGCCGGCCCCGGCUCGGGCGCCUGGCGGCCGGCCCGAAACGACACCCCACAGCGGUGGCUCUACCUUCACAAUUCCGAUUACUCCACCACGGCCCCGAGGCCGGGGAGCACCGCUUGCCGUCACGGCAGCUGCCCGGCCGCGCCCUGGCGAACGCCCGGCCACGGCUCGACCGCUCGGGGUACGCCCCCCUGUGGCGUCCCGGGGGGGUGCCCCGUCGGCUGUGGUGGACCAGGCUCUUGAGUGGCUGAAUUCCGACCCUGCCUUUAUGCACACCUCCGCGGGCGAUAUUCAGCACGAAGAGGCUGCUUCAGCCUCGCCAGCCCAUCGGUUUUGGGUAUCGGCACUGGCCCCGGUGGCCGCAGUCCAGAAUACCCGAUUCACUGGACGUGCUGUGCCCCCUUCUCCCCGGGGCUCUGGAGCACCAUUGCCCAUGGCUCGUGCUCGCCGGUUGGAUGGCCCGCGGCCUGUAUCUUCGAACUCCUCCGGCCAGUACCGAGCGCCCUUCUCGCCGGCGCGCAAGGCCACAGCAGGGCGCGUGUCGCUCACCCCCAGACGGCCACCCGGGACCACCAGCCUGCGCGAGGAGUCCCGGUGCCCCGGAUCACCUCCCUCCCCACCCGAUCGGGACGGGACUGCAUCUGCCUCCAGCCUGGCCACCAUUACCACGCCCCCGCGGUUACUGGGCACCGGUCAGACGAAUGGGUCUUCUUUCAGCUCGCCCUCCUCGGCCGGGUCGCUGAAUAUCCUUUCGUCGAUCAGCCUGUCGCGCGCCGGAACACCCACCGGCCCCCGGGGCCUGGUGUCCACCUCGGCAAGUAUCCCGGCACCGGGGCCGGCAGCAGCCCCCCAGCAGCAAUCCGACCAAAUGAUGCUCUUCUCGGCGCCGCUGGUUGACGAGCAGGCAUUGCUGGCCUCGCUGGGGGGGACGCCUGAGCGGACAAUCCUCUGGACGUCCGGGAGUGAGGACAUGACCGAAGCGCCAACCCCCCAGCAGGCCGAGGCGGCCCUCCUCCGGGAGUAUGAGCUUCUUCGCGCCGAGGAGCAGCGUCUGGCCGAGCUGGAGGCUGCGCUCCUUCAACGGCUGCCCCCUGGGCCGUGAAACGUGCUGGGGGGGGGAGGGUUCUUCUGAGUGAGGAAUAUAACUGUCCUUGUUUGUCGGCCAGCAUCCGCUGCUGUUUGUGUCACCAUGGCGGGGCUCAGGAGUAGUAGAGAGGGCAAUGGCCGCAAUGUAUUUGCGCGCUGGGUGAUGAAAGGAAGGAAAGGACGGGGAGAUAACUGAGGAGAGUGUGUUGGCGCGCGGCUGGGGGGCUUCCCCCAGGCGCGGUCGAGGAGUAGAAGGGAGAAGGGCAAGGGGGGGGGAGGGGGAGAGGAGGAUAAGUGUACAAAAGAAAAGGGGAGGGGAUCAGUUCCGCCGGCGCCGGGGGCCGGGGGAGGGCUCAGCCACCGGAGUGGCAGCAGGGGUCGCGUUCGAGGUGGUGGUGGUAGCGGCGGUGGUGCCGGAGGCGAUGGCCGCAGCCGAGGCCGGACCACUGCCCGAGGCGGCGUUGCCGGCGGGGGUGGCGGCCCGCUUGGCACCCGAGAGAGGGACGUAGCGGAAAACCGGAUGCGAAUCGAUCUUGCCUCGGUCGCAAGAUCCGGCCUCGUCGGCGCCGGAAUUGACCGACAGGAAGGUAUACACCAGGCAGAGCACCAACACCAGGACUGAGGCCCAGUUCGAGAAGUGCAUGAGCAUAUGCUCAUCAAUCACCAGGGCCAUGAUUGCGAGUACUUGGGCCGGCGGGGGAGGGGGGAGGGGGGCGAUGCUCCAAGGCGGUGUAGGCAAGAGGCUGAGGAGGUGAGUGGGUGGGGCUGGAGGCAGGGGGAAG